GGCAGACGAGGGUGAACAUCGCAAAAAAAAUGGUUCCAAUAAGAUGGAAGGUGCUGCCCAUUGGCGAGGCGCAACCCCUACUCAGCCGGCAGAUUAAAACUGAGGAGGGCCUGGAGGUUGAGGUCAAGGUGGAGGAGGAGUCGGAGGAGGCUCAGGCUCAGGCCCAGGCUCAGGAGAUUGAGGUGAAGGAGGAGGCCGAGACCCACCAGGAGAUUGAGGCCAACGUGAAGGAGGAGCAGGCCGAGGUGGAGGCCCAGGUCCAGGCCCAGGCCCAGGAGAUUGAGGUGAAGGUGGAGGAGGCCCGGGUCAAAGAGGAGGAGGACCAGGAGGAGGUGUAUCGUGUCCGCAGCAUCGCCCCACCCCGGACUAAGCUCACCAUGGGGAUAUCAUCGCGCGCCAACUCGAGUGAGGGCGAGACGGAUCCGCCAGAGGGACCCCCAGAGGAACCCUCAGAGGGACCCUCUGGCUACGGCACUGCGGACAAACAGCAGCACGCUAAGCGGAAACCGGCCUGCACAACUGCGGCAGAUUGCGAUGCGCCUGUUGAACAACUUCAGCGGGAGAUGUUCGCGGAUAUCAUGCAACAGGCUAAGACCACUGCCGAGACAAUAAGCGACUUGUCUCAGCCAAGGACGCCGCACGAAAGAAUCGUUUAUGCCUACUCAGCCCUACUGAGGGAGGAGAUGUUGCAGAUCCCUGAGUCGCAAUGGCACAGCUACUGCUUGGAGGGCUUGGUCUUGGCAAGGGCACACAGACAUCUUCUGCCAAGUCCGAUGAGGCCCAUGUCAUUCAUGCCGCACCCACAAAUGGGGAUGAUGGCACCACAACAUGCUCCCCAGGCAAUGAUGGGAUCCCGACCUAUGGCACACCCGUGGAUGGCAGGCCCCCCCCAUGUCAGGGCAGCCAGCUCAACGCCACAUCAUGCGUCACCCGGCAUGGAAAGGCUCGGAGCAACAGAUUUCCAGGCGCGAUUGGAGGGUCCUGACCCAAGCGUCAACUUCACCCUGAAUCUCUCUGACUAUCUGAUGGAGGAUUGCCCAGUGCAAAUGGGCCGUGAAGAGUGAUGCUCUCUCCAACAUUCACUAUUCUGUUUGCUUGUGCGUUGCACAUUUAAGUUUUAUUCACAUUAAAAUUUUAUUGUUUGUUUGUACUAAAUAAACAAAUUAAUUCUUAUAAA